CCGCCGGAGGGGGAGGGAGAAGGAGAGUCUCUGAGUCGCUGGGAGGCAGCACGGCGGCGGCUGUAAGGAGUCCUCGUGUGGAGCCGCUGGCGACUCGGGCCUGGGGGGGCCUGGGCUUGGGCUGGAGAGGCCGGAGCGGCGCCAGGAGCUCCGAGGCCGGAGCAGAGGAGGAAUGUGAGCCGGGGUCGGCGGGGGCGCGGGAGUACGCGAGCGGCGGGAUGGGGCAGCAGGUGGGCCGCGUCGGGGAGGCUCCCGGGCUCCAGCAGCCGCAGCCGCGCGGGAUCCGGGGCAGCAACGCAGCCAGGCCCUCGGGCCGCAGGCGGGACCCGGCGGGGCGUACCGCAGACACCGGCUUCAACGUCUUCACCCAGCACGAUCACUUUGCCAGCUGUGUGGAGGAUGGAUUUGAGGGAGACAAGACUGGAGGCAGUAGUCCAGAAGUUUUGCACCGCCCCUAUGGCUGUGAUGCUGAAUCUCAGGCACUGAAUGAAGCCAUCAGGUGGAGCUCUAAGGAGAACUUGCUGGGAGCCACUGAGAGUGACCCUAAUCUCUUUGUCGCACUUUAUGACUUCGUGGCAAGUGGUGAUAACACACUCAGUAUCACUAAAGGUGAAAAACUACGAGUCCUUGGUUACAACCAGAAUGGCGAGUGGAGUGAAGUUCGCUCCAAGAAUGGACAGGGUUGGGUGCCAAGCAACUACAUCACUCCAGUGAACAGCCUGGAGAAGCAUUCCUGGUACCACGGACCCGUGUCCCGCAGCGCUGCAGAAUAUCUCCUCAGCAGCCUUAUCAACGGCAGUUUCCUGGUUCGAGAGAGUGAGAGCAGCCCUGGGCAGCUGUCCAUCUCACUCAGGUAUGAGGGACGUGUGUAUCACUACAGGAUCAAUACCACCACAGACAGCAAGGUGUAUGUGACUGCUGAGAGCCGCUUUAGCACGUUGGCAGAGCUUGUUCACCACCACUCUACAGUCGCUGAUGGGCUAGUGACCACACUGCACUACCCGGCACCCAAGUGCAACAAGCCAACCGUCUAUGGUGUGUCCCCUAUCCAUGACAAAUGGGAAAUGGAACGAACAGAUAUUACCAUGAAGCACAAACUUGGGGGCGGUCAGUAUGGAGAGGUUUAUGUUGGCGUCUGGAAGAAAUACAGCCUUACAGUGGCCGUGAAAACACUGAAGGAAGAUACCAUGGAGGUAGAAGAGUUCCUGAAAGAAGCUGCAGUGAUGAAGGAAAUCAAGCAUCCUAAUCUAGUACAACUGUUAGGUGUGUGUACCCUGGAACCGCCAUUCUACAUUGUGACUGAAUACAUGCCUUACGGGAAUCUGCUGGAUUAUCUCCGGGAAUGCAACCGUGAGGAGGUGACAGCAGUUGUUCUACUUUACAUGGCGACUCAGAUCUCUUCUGCCAUGGAGUAUUUGGAGAAGAAGAACUUCAUCCAUAGAGAUCUUGCUGCACGGAACUGCCUAGUGGGCGAAAACCAUGUGGUGAAGGUGGCUGACUUUGGUUUAAGUAGACUGAUGACCGGAGACACCUACACUGCUCAUGCUGGAGCCAAAUUCCCUAUUAAAUGGACGGCACCUGAGAGUCUGGCCUAUAAUACCUUUUCAAUCAAAUCUGACGUCUGGGCUUUUGGAGUACUGUUAUGGGAAAUUGCUACAUAUGGGAUGUCACCAUAUCCAGGUAUUGACCUAUCUCAAGUCUAUGACCUACUGGAAAAAGGAUAUCGAAUGGAACAGCCUGAGGGAUGCCCCCCUAAAGUAUAUGAACUUAUGAGAGCAUGCUGGAAGUGGAGCCCUGCUGACAGACCCUCUUUUGCUGAAACCCAUCAAGCUUUUGAAACAAUGUUUCAUGACUCCAGCAUCUCUGAAGAGGUAGCUGAGGAGCUUGGGAGAACUGCCUCCUCCUCAUCUGUGGUUCCAUACCUGCCUCGAUUACCUCUACUUCCUUCCAAGACUCGGACUCUGAAGAAGCAGGGGGAGAACAAAGAGAACUUAGAUGGGGGCCUUGAUGCCUCCGAGAGCCUGGCCUCCAGCUCAGCACCAGCAGGGUUCAUUAGAAGUGCACAGGCCUCCAGCGGGUCCCCAGCUCUGCCUCGAAAGCAAAGAGAUAAGUCACCUAGCAGCCUCUUAGAAGAUGCCAAAGAGACAUGCUUCACCAGGGAUAGGAAGGGAGGCUUCUUCAGCUCCUUCAUGAAAAAGAGAAAUGCCCCCACGCCCCCUAAGCGCAGCAGCUCUUUUCGCGAAAUGGAAAACCAGCCACACAAGAAAUAUGAACUCACGGGUAACUUCUCAUCUGUUGCUUCUCUACAGCAUGCUGAUGGGUUCUCUUUCACUCCCGGCCAGCAAGAAUCGAAUCUGGUGCCAGCCAAGUGCUAUGGGGGGAGCUUUGCACAGAGGAACCUCUGUAAUGAUGACAGUGGUGGGGGUGGGGGCAGUGGCACUGCUGGGGGCGGGUGGUCUGGCAUCACAGGCUUCUUUACACCUCGCUUAAUCAAAAAGACCCUGGGCUUGCGAGCAGGUAAACCCUCAGCCAGUGAUGAGACUUCCAAGCCUUUUCCAAGGUCAAACUCUACAUCUUCCAUGUCCUCAGGGCUUCCAGAGCAGGAUAGGAUGGCAAUGACCCUUCCCAGGAACUGCCAGAGGUCCAAACUCCAGCUGGAAAGGACAGUGUCCACCUCUUCUCAGCAAGAAGAGAAUGUGGACAGGGCUAAUGACAUGCUUCCAAAAAAAUCUGAGGAAGGUGCCGCUCCAGCCAGGGAGAGACCAAAAGCCAAACUAUUGCCCAGAGGAGCCACAGCCCUUCCCCUGAGAGCCCCUGAUCCGGCCAUCACAGAGAGUGACUCUCCAGGGGUAGGGGUGGCUGGAGUGGCAGCUGCCCCCAAAGGCAAGGAAAGAAAUGGUGGGACGCGACUUGGAGUCGCUGGAGUCCCAGAGGAUGGAGAGCAGCCAGGCUGGUCUUCUCCAGCCAAGGCUGUAGCUGUCCUCCCAACCACCCACAACCACAAAGUGCCAGUCCUUAUAUCACCUACUCUGAAACACACUCCAGCUGAUGUGCAGCUCAUUGGCACAGACUCUCAGGGGAAUAAAUUCAAGCUCUUAUCUGAGCAUCAGGUCACAUCCUCUGGAGACAAGGACCGACCCCGGCGGGUAAAACCAAAGUGUGCCCCACCCCCACCCCCCGUGCUGAGACUACUGCAGCACCCGUCCGCAUGCUCAGACCCCGAGGACGAGCCAGCGGCCCCACCUGCAGGACAGCCCGCUCCAGAAACCCAGGAGGGAGGAAAAAAGGCAGCUCCAGGGCCCGUGCCCAGUAGUGGGAAACCUGGGAGGCCAGUGAUGCCCCCGCCUCAAGUGCCUUUGCCCACAUCUUCCAUCUCGCCAGCCAAAAUGGCCAAUGGCACAGCAGGUACUAAGGUGGCCCUGAGGAAAACCAAACAGGCAGCGGAGAAAAUCUCAGCUGACAAAAUCAGCAAAGAGGCCCUGCUGGAGUGUGCCGACCUACUGUCCAGUGCAAUCACGGAACCUGUGCCCAAUAGCCAACUGGUGGACACUGGGCACCAGCUGCUCGACUACUGCUCAGGGUACGUGGACUGCAUCCCUCAGACUCGCAACAAAUUUGCCUUCCGAGAGGCUGUGAGCAAACUGGAACUUAGCCUACAGGAGCUGCAGGUGUCUUCCACAGCUGCUGGUGUGCCUGGGACAAACCCUGUCCUUAAUAACUUAUUGUCGUGUGUACAGGAAAUUAGUGAUGUGGUGCAGAGGUAGCCAUUGUCAGCCUGGUGGGAAAUGCACACAUAUCUGAGGGGAGAGGGAAAGGGACUCGUUUUCCUGUGUUCUUGUUUUUAAAAAGUGACAGACUGAUACUUGAGUGUGUUUAUGUGAAGUACCUCAGAUCCCUGAAUUCUCACGUUUACAGGUUCAUCUCAUAAUAGCAAAAAGGAAGUCACAGAAGUAGAUAAGUCAGUUUGGUGGAGCAGGGCAGUGUGGACAGAGUUGGAACCUGCGCUGGAAAGUAAGGGAGCAUAUGUCAUACGAAAGUGCAGCCCUCCCUAGCCGGAACAGCUUGUGCACGCCAGUGGGCUGUUGUCAGUUGUUCUGUAUCAUGAAACAGGUCUUGACCUGGCAUGUCCUGGGGUGAUUGUGCUUCAGCUCACCAUGCAAAUUCAGGAGCAGGAGAAAGCCAAGUGAGGGAUGUAGCGGGUGUUCUUACUCAAGGCUAUCAGAAGUGGCUCCCAUGGGUCAUUGCUGCUGUAGCAAGAACUGCAGAUUAGAUUGCCAGAAUACUCAGCUGGUAAACGUGGCCCUCUGUCUGCUUUUGCCAUUUGCCUUGGGUGUAUUAGUUGGUACAAGAAGUACAGAGUGUGAGGGACAUUUAGGCAGAUUGACACCUAACACUGAUGGUGACUAGCAGUCACCCCUCCUACUCUUCCAGCAUGUUACUUCCUAAUGCACCAGUAUCCACUUGCUGCUGCUUGGUGGCUAUCUGUAAACCACGGACAUGGUGGGGGGAGGUGGUCUUAGUGGUUCUUCUCUGUCCCUUGCUGGGCAGGCUGUCUUUCUUUAUUUCUGGCAGCAUUCAGGGCAUUACCCAGCAUCGAUAUCAAAAAUAGUGGUCAUUACAGGUUCUCAUAGAGGAGACGCUUCUAUGCCCCUGAAUACUGACAAAGUGGCCACUCGAGCAGCUAUGUAUGUUUGUUUUUUUUUAAUUAAAAUACCAAGGAGUUACAGUACCUUUUUGAUGCUGGCUGGGCCCAGAGGCCUGAGGCUGAGAAGAGAACCUUGCUGGAUCAUGUGGUUACUCGUACCUUUCCCUGCCCGUGACACCCUGCACUAAUCUGGUGACAGUGGAGAAGGCCUCUUCACUAAGGCUUGCCUCCGCAGUCUUCCAUGUUCUUUCUCUGCUCACAUAGCACGCCACCCCCCUCGUCGCACUUGGAGUUUGUGUUGGGAAUAUAGUUUAUUUAUUUUGUUCUUUCACCUCUAUUUUAAGAGUGCAUUAUAGGAGUGGGUUAUUUUCAGGGAGCACCAAUUAGACUUAGAAACCUAAGGGUUUAACUUGCAAAUAGGAUUUGCCUUUGAAAAACAGGCAUUUCCUGUCCCUAAAUUACAGUUAUGGAAGCUAAUAGGGUAACAUGGAUUAAAAACUUAGUAGGCAACAUAUUGUUGAUGUUUUUGGUGCUGGGUCUAAUUCCAGUUUUGUUUUGUUUUUUUAACUUUGUGAACACCCCUAUCAUUCCCCAAAGAGAACCCAAUACAAAAUAUCUUUUUUUCCUUCUCUCAGAGUAUUAAUGUAGGAAGAUGGGAAUUCAGCACUAAGCAGUGUUUUCUUCCUGAUUGUCACCGAUCCACUGUCAGGUCACCGCCCAUCUUUGGAUCUAUUAAUUGAAGGCACUAGCCCAGAUUCUCAAGAGUGUUUUGCAGGCUAAUAUGCAGCUCCCUUUGAGAGGCUCUCUGGAGAGCUCUUUACUUAGUGUUGGUACAUUGGGUCGCUUUUCAUUCUCUCCGCUGAUUCCCAAAUGAGAAACUUCAGAACUGCUAUGCUUACAGUAAUCGGGCCAGAAUCCUAAAGGGAAACUAUUUCAGGUUGCAUUUGGCAUCCUUGACCAAGGAAGAAAUGUAGUUUUCAUUAGAAAGGAUAUUUGGAUACUUAUCACUGCUGCUCCAGAGAUGGCUCAGGGUAAGAGGAAGGGAGGUCUGGAGUGGAGGAGACAGCUCUUACAGGUGUCAGUGUGUUCCCACGGCUGCAGUCUAGGCAGCUAGGGAUCAGGCUAAUGCCCUUGUAGUAGUUGGAAGAGAACUUUCCCACCUCCUUCUUCACCACUCCCCACGAUUGUAUGCACCCAUAUACUUGAAUCUGUUUUAGCAGUUAGCCUCGUAUAGAUAGGGAGGAGAAAGCUAAAAUUUGAGGCUGUUAUUAAUGCUGCUUUUAAAGUUUAUCCCUGCCAUAAUGGGAUGUCAUAAGAGAUAGUUGUUUUCAGGUUUGGGUCUUGUUUUGUUUGUUUGUUUGUUUGUUGGAUGGUUGGUUUUUCCCUUCAGAGUUCUGAAAACAGGCUUGGAGAAACACUACUGAGUAUCUCAGCUCCCUGCUCUUCUCAGUCUGAGGGGCUGAGGGCAGCCCCGAUUCUGUCCCGCAGAGUGGGUCAUUGCUGAGUCCGCGAGCUGAACUGACUUUCUCGGCACUGCCAUGAGUAACAUUGACUGUUGUAGCACACACCCCAUGAUGCAUAACUGUGUAGCUUUCAGGGAUUAGGCCUCAGGUUACAGAGGCACUGUCAACUUGCUAUGGAAGAAUGAUUUAGGUUUUUCCUUUUAUAUACCUGCAAGGGACCAGAUUAAAAACAGCAGAUUUGAAGGUUUGAAUCUAAAGCAGAGAAAACUGCUUUUAGAAAUUAAAAAUGUUACUUAACUUUAUGUAGCCUGAAAACAGAGCAGAUGGCAGGUCCUAAAGUUGUUUGAUCUAUGCAUGUCUUGCCACAAGUUCAUUCCUUUAUGCACAAGUCUUGUGGUUUCAGUUGGGUCCCCACCUUCACAUGUUGCAUUUUGUAGUGAAUAUAUCCUAAUUAUGCUUACAGGAAGCUUUUUUUUUUUUUUUUUAAGCUUUGGCUACAAUAAGCUUUGGCUUCACAUUUUCAGGUGUUUCCUAUCAUUACGUUCACGGAGAGAACCCUUAAAAUUGGCUUUUCUUAAAAGAUGUGUUUUGUAGUAAAUUGAACUGAAUUGAACAUGGUACACCAAACUAGAUCUCUCCAGGGAAAAACAGACUGGGUCAUUUCAGGACGGCCUCUGUGUAAGGUCGUCAUAGUGGAGACUAGUCUCCAGCAGCAUUGUCAGGUUUCAGUUAGAAAUGUUCUAACACUUGAUUGACAGCUGACUGAUUAAACUGUUUCUUGGCAUGAUGAAGACUGGGUUUUUGAGUUUAGGGGAUCCAGCAACGCCAGUAGUGUGAGGUGAUGUUUGUAGACUAGGUCGGUAGCUCAGGUGCCCGGUACACACUGAGCACUCCAUGAAUGUUAACUGCUAGUGUUCACUCCUAACCCAGGAGCACGCAGUAGUCCUGUAGAGGUUUUUAAAGGGAACCUCAUGAACUCGCCCCACUCUACAUUGGAAUUCCUGGUGGGCUGAGAGAGUAGCUAGUAUGUUUCCCAAGAACUUCUCCAGGUUUCAAACACCACUGGCUGAACAGAACACUCUCUAUGCCCUUUUCUUUGCAGAAGAAGGACUGGAGAGGAUGGCUGUCACUAGUCCAUUAUCUUGGAGCAGUUAGUGGCAGAGCUGAGGGAGAAUUCAGGAGUCCUGACACUGGUGUUUCUCCACCGCACCUGCUGCCUUGUGAGGUGCUCAGCUAGACAAUCAGUAUCCAUGACGCUGCACGCUUGGCAAGCCCAGGCUCUGGCGGGCCCUGGCGGUGACAGUGUAGCCAAACAAGCCAUCAGUAGAAUUUGGUUAUGAAGCCAACAUAGCCCUGUUCUUCUAGACCUCCACCACACAGAAAUCUGCACUUCAUAGUUAAAAAUAUCUAAACCUGAGUCAUUUCAAAACACAAAAGAACAAAACCAGUCCUACAUUCCUUUUUGUUCAAAAAGAAAUGUAUUGUUAAGUUAUUCUAAUGACUGCGGCAUAGUGGGAAAGCACCUGAGAAGUAAAUGCAAUCCAACUGUAAAGCUGGGUUGUGCAUGUCUGUAGAGGAUGGCCGGACCUGGACCUGCAGCUAGAGACUCUCCUCUGGAGUUCGCUACAGAAUUACAUAGAAACUGCUCUUAGUUUAGAACUGGGAACUUCAGCAAACUGGGGACCAGUUUCUUGGUUUUGUUCUCAUCCUUAAGA